AUGCCUUUCGAAUGUCCUCAAGAAGUGACUGAUGAUUAUGAAAAAUUACUUGAAACUAAUGAAGAUUGUAAUGUUAUUAUUUACGCCGGAGAAAAUAAUGAUGUGAAGGAAAUACAUGCACAUUCAAAUAUUUUACGUAUUAGGUCCAAAUAUUUUUCUGCAGAACUCUCUAAAGAGCGACCUGAAAUGAACGAUGGAAAAUUUAUUCUUAGAAAACCCAAUAUUCCGCCUCAUUUAUUUGAAAUGAUUUUAAGAUUUAUUUAUUGUGGAAAGAUUGAUUUAGAGAAAUUACAAGAAUCUGAUAUUUUAAGACUUUUGAUAAUAGUAAAUGAACUCAACAUUUUUACAUUAAUAAAUCAUAUUCAAGAAUAUAUGAUUAACCAUCAUGAUGAAUUUUUACAAAAAAAUCCUAUUGGAGUUCUUGAAACAGUUUAUCAAAAGGAAAAUUUCACUGAUAUAUUAAAUCUUUCUCUUAAGAAAAUUUGUGAAGAGCCGGAAAUAUUAUUUGAUUCUUAUAAACUUAUUAGUUUAAAAUCAUCUUUAUUGGAGUUACUUCUGAAAAGAGAUGAUUUAUCAUUAGACGAAAUUGUUAUUUGGGAUAAUUUGAUUAAAUGGUGUUUUUCUCAACAUUCGAAUAUUUCACAAGAUCCUACACAAUGGAAUAGAGAAGAAAUCACAAUCAUGGAGAGAACAAUUCAUAAAUUUACUUCAUUAAUAAGAUUUUAUUAUAUUUCUAUGGAAAAUUUCGUUACUAAAAUAUAUCCAUUUAAAGAAAUAUUGCCAAAAGAUUUAAUUAAUAAGAUGCUUAUAUUUUAUGCUCAAAAUAAUCAACUAGUAAAUGAGGAUAAACGACCUCCUAGACAAUCGAAAUGUAAAAUUGAUUCCGUUAUAAUUAAUCAAAAACAUAUUGAAAUUUUUGCAAACUGGAUUUAUAGAAAAGUAAAAGUUUCCGAAUAUAUUCCUUAUAAUUUUCAUCUCUUAUAUCGAGCUAGUAGGGAUGGUAAUACAAAUACCGCAUUUCAUGAAAAAUGUGAUAAUAAAGGAGCUACCCUAGUUAUAGUAAAAAUCACAAAUUCAAAUCAAAUAGUCGGAGGAUAUAAUCCACUUAGUUGGGAUUGUGAAGGAACACGAAGGCCAACCUAUGAUAGCUUUAUAUUCUCAUUUACAAAUAGAGAUGACCUUCAAAGCGCAAAUUUAGGUUACAGUAAUGGUGUUAAAGCUAUAGGUGGUUAUGGUAGUAAUGGCCCAGUAUUUGGCGGAGGUAGUGAUUUAGAAUUUUAUAAGGGUACUUGGUAUAGUCAUAUAAAUAGUAAUUGUUCUUAUCCUAAAAUUGGUAUACCAACAGGUGCUUUUAAAGCAGAUGAUUAUGAAGUUUUUCAAGUUAUUAAAAAAUAA